AUGGAGCUGAACCUCGAAAUCAAUCUAAAAAACCCCCGAACUGACACAAGAGAUGGUGAUCGCAAAUUAAGUCUUAGUGAUGAGUGCGCAUCAAAUUCCAGUGGUGAGUGCGCAUCAAAUUCCAGUGGCGAGGGCGCAUCAAGUUCCAGGGGCGAGGGCUUAUCAACUCUAGAUGGUAUUUCUACUUUGUGGGGUGAUUUGUUUGGCGAUGACAAGGCUCAUACUGCUUUGGUCGAUGAUAUGCUAACCGGUAGCAAGGCGGAGGGAGGCCAGAGCGGUAGCAAGGCAGAGGGGGGCCAGAGCGGUAGUAAGGGAGAGGAGGGCCAAAGCGGUAGCAAGGCACAGGACAAAAAAAAAUCACAAUCUAAGUCAUUGGGCACCAAUAUUGACAGCGGUGUGUUCCAUGAGCUAAAAGAGAAUGGUCCCAAAGCCGAUCCAUCACCUAAUCAAGCCGAUCCAUCACCUAAUCAAGCCGAUCCAUCACCUAAUCAAGCUUCACAAUUCCAAUCACAAGGCCGACAUGCGUACGAUGAGCUGACUCAAUCGUCGCAAAUCGAUGAAUCGAUGAAGGUGCAGACAAGAUCUCCUGGUAAAAAGGGUAGAGUAUGUGAGAUGUGCGGUGAGUCUGGGCAUAUUGGUGGAGUAAAUGCAUUUAUAUCAAGCGAAGGGGAUAGGCAAUUCCCAAGUCAACGCGUGAGGAUUGGAAUAACGAAAUACCUCCAGUACAAACCAAUCGGCUCACUAAUAAUAUAA